AUGUCGCGCUUCGUCCGAGCAUCGAAAUACAGGCAUGUGUUCGGGCAGCCAGCUAAGAAGGAAUACAACAUCGAGAACAUCAAGGUCACGAACAGUGCAUGGGACACGAAUGUCAUUUCAGUUUCGGCGAAAUACCUCAGCGUGAACUGGAAUGCUUCUGGCGGAGGCGCGUUUGCUAUCUUGCCGUUGCCGACACCAUUCGCGCCGAUCUCGGGCUCAUUCCCUUCCAAGCUUCCGGACACAUUACCUAUUGCUAGGUCACAUACAGCGCCGGUACUAGAUACCGACUGGUCGCCACACAAUGAUUCCAUCGUCGCAUCAGCUGGAGAGGACGGAAACGUUUUCAUCUGGAAAGUCGAGUCGAGCGAGUUUGACGGCUGGGGUGAGGAAGGGUGGGCACCGCAGGACUUUGAUCCCGUAGCGAAGAUCGUGGCAUCGCCCAGGAAGAUUGGCCAGGUCGUCUUCCACCCGACUGCCAACAUGGUGCUAGCAAGUGCGAGCGGAGAGCACACCGUCAAGCUCUGGGAUUUGGAUAACACCGAUAGCCCAAAGUCGACGCUGGUUGGCCACAAUGACACGAUCCAAAGCAUCGCGUUCAACCCAACGGGUACGUUAUUGGCAACUACAUGUCGCGACCGCAAACUGCGCUUGUUCGAUCCACGUGCUGGAAGUGAAGCAGUACGCGUCGCUGACGGGCAUGGCGGCGUCAAAGGCAGCAGAGUGACUUUCAUGGGCGAUCACGACCGUAUUGCUACCACUGGGUUCAGCAAGAUGAGUGAUCGACAAGUCGGCAUCUGGGACUCCGGAAGUCUUAACAGUAUCAAAAUGACGGUGCUUGACCAGAGUGCAGGUGUUGUCAUGCCGUUUUGGAGUGAUAACAAUAUUUUGUUCCUGGCGGGCAAGGGUGAUGGUAAUAUUCGGUACUACGAAUACGAGUCAGACGCCCUUUUCGCUCUGGACGAGCACAAAUCUACCGAUCCUCAGCGCGGAAUGUGCUUCCUCCCUCGCCGCGCCCUCAACGUCAGCGAGUGCGAGAUCGCGCGCGCGUACAAGAUUUUCGGCAACACUAUUGAAAGCAUUGCCUUCAAGGUUCCAAGACGCGCUGAUUCAUUCCAAUCUGACAUCUUUCCUCCGGCGCCAUCCUAUGAGCCCAGUCUCUCAGCCUCCGAAUUCUUCUCAGGCAAGGAGAUCAAGAGGAAGUUGGUCAGUCUCGACAGCGGGGAAACGACGACCUCGUCAACUGCGGCAGCUGCUCCUCCGAGCGCGCUCAGUUCUCCGGUCCCUCCCGCUACAGUACCCGCCGCCGCCGUUUCCGCUGCCCCCGCGCCUUCUCCUCUUUCACCGCCACCAUUUACGCCCACUCCGGCGGCGAUCUCUACACCGACCAGUGCUAACCCCAUUUCGCGAUCAGUGAGCGAGAGCGUCGCCCACACCCCGAUCAGGUCGCAAACUGUGCCAUCUUCUGCUAGCGGGAGCGGUGAUGACGCGGCUCUGAAGCGCGAGAACGACAAGCUCAAAUCGGAGAACGCGAAGCUGACGGAGGAGCUGCGCGAUGCUAGAGAGAAGAUGAGGAACUUGGAGCUCCAAGUAGAGAGCGUGCGAGCCAACGCAAGGAAAGCGGCGCAAGCGCUCCUCGAUGGCUGA